AUGGCAUCCCGGGCCCUGGGCCUCCAGGCCUGGCUUUUGCUGUCUCAGCUGGCACUAGCCCAGGCCCGGGCAGCUCCCGAGGGCUCCCCUCUUCCUCACCUCCCUUCGGGGGGAGACGCCGCCGAGGAGCCCCGGCUCGACGGGCAGCAGCCGCCGCUCUCCGGGAUGCCCAGGACCCCAUUGGCGCCCUUUGUCUUUGAUGCAGACACAUUUGCUUCGGGGGGUCCUCAUCCCUACCGGGCUGUGUCUACGGCAUUCUCGCCUCUACUACAGACGCCAGUUAAAAAGACAGUUUAUGCAGGACCCACGUCAGCCUGCGGCUUCAGAAGCGCCAGGAUAGUUGCCGGAAGGCCCGUGACCGACAAGAAGUGGCCCUGGCAAGUGAGCUUGCAGAUCAACGCCCGACACAUCUGUGGGGGCUCCCUCAUCGGCAAACGGUGGGUGAUAACUGCAGCCCACUGUAUACUUGGCCAUGUGAAUUACUCGGUGCUGCUGGGAGCUGUAUACCUGAACUCCACAAUGUCCGUCCGGAUCCUAGUGGAAGACAUCGUUAUACACCAACAUUACCAUGGGGCUAGAAAACUGGUACAUGACAUCGCCCUUGUUCUGCUGCAGUCCCCUGUGACUUAUUCCACUUAUAUCCAGCCAGUGUGCCUCCCUGAAAAGUCUUUCAAGAUACAAACGGGGACUGCGUGCUGGGUGACCGGAUGGGGCAAACUGAAAGAAGAAGGUGAGACUGACCUUCAGGAGGUCGAGGUAAACAUAAUUCGUUAUGAACAAUGUAAUUCGAUUCUCAAAAAAAGUUGGAGGAGACUGUUUAACGUAGUCAGCGAAGGAACAGUCUGUGCUUACAAUGAAAAAGGAGGAGACUCUUGCCAGGGAGACUCUGGAGGACCCCUGGUCUGUGAAUUUAAUGAGACAUGGCUGCAGGUAGGAGUUGUGAGCUGGGGCAUUGGCUGUGGUCAGAAGGGAUUUCCUGGAGUUUAUACCGAAGUGAGUGUCUACAAGGACUGGAUCAUCAGACUACUGAGUGGAGCUUUCUGUUGGACCUCACCAGGCUGCCGCAUCUUAUGCCUGUGUCUGGCGAUGUACUUGGGCAUCCUGGCGAUCCUGUGA